UGCAGCGUCUGCAAGGGAAGGAGUCACUCCAUACCCAGAGUCUUCACCUGUGGACGACUUGAGCGCUUCGAGUACCUUGCUAUGGAGCUCCUUGGGAUGGACCUUGACAAUGUACGCACACUGCGCCAUCUGCCUCUACCCACAGUAAAUAUCUUGGUGGUCGCUGAUCAAAUGAUCGCAGCUCUCGAAUUUAUACACAAGAACGGAGUCGUCCGUUGCGACAUGAAGGCAGUGAACAUCCUCCUCCACCCCACCGAUCUGAAGUGCUUGUACCUGGUCGACUAUGGGCUCGCUUGGGGUUAUUACAUCUACGACCGAAACCAGUCUUUCUAUGGAUGUACCACUGAGAUCGCACGGCGUGAUUGGUACACUUCCGUACGUCAGACUGAAGAUGCACCAUGGCAUUCGUAA